CACAGUGGGAAACCAGAGAACAGAUGUUGUCUUCCUUGUUUGACCUGACUACAGACUAGCUUGGUGUUUCAAAAUCCCCAGUAUUAAGGGAAAACUAAAUUUCAACACUAAACUUGCACAAUGUCUUUGAAACCAAGAGUUGUAGAUUUUGAUGAAACAUGGAAUAAACUUUUAACGACAAUCAAAGCUGUUGUCAUGUUGGAAUACGUCGAAAGAGCAACAUGGAAUGAUCGCUUCUCAGAUAUCUAUGCUUUAUGUGUGGCCUAUCCUGAACCCCUUGGAGAAAGACUUUAUACAGAAACUAAGAUUUUUUUGGAAAAUCACGUACGGCAUUUGCACAAGAGAGUUCUGGAGUCUGAAGAGCAAGUACUUGUUAUGUAUCAUAGGUAUUGGGAGGAAUAUAGCAAGGGUGCAGACUAUAUGGACUGCUUGUAUAGGUAUCUCAACACCCAGUUUAUUAAAAAAAAUAAAUUGACAGAAGCUGACCUUCAGUAUGGCUAUGGUGGUGUAGAUAUGAAUGAACCUCUUAUGGAAAUAGGAGAGCUAGCAUUGGAUAUGUGGAGGAAAUUAAUGGUUGAACCGCUUCAGACCAUCCUUAUCCGAAUGCUGCUCCGAGAAAUCAAAAAUGAUCGUGGUGGAGAAGACCCAAACCAGAAAGUAAUCCAUGGGGUUAUUAACUCCUUUGUUCAUGUUGAACAGUAUAAGAAAAAAUUCCCCUUAAAGUUUUAUCAGGAAAUCUUUGAGUCCCCCUUUCUGACUGAAACAGGAGAGUAUUACAAACAAGAAGCUUCAAAUUUAUUACAAGAAUCAAACUGCUCACAAUAUAUGGAAAAGGUUCUAGGUAGAUUAAAAGAUGAAGAAAUUCGAUGUCGAAAAUACUUGCACCCAAGUUCAUAUACUAAAGUGAUUCAUGAAUGUCAGCAACGAAUGGUAGCAGACCACUUACAAUUCUUACAUGCUGAAUGUCAUAAUAUCAUUCGACAAGAGAAAAAAAAUGACAUGGCAAAUAUGUAUGUCUUACUCCGUGCUGUGUCCACUGGUUUACCUCAUAUGAUACAGGAGCUGCAAAAUCAUGUCCAUGAUGAGGGCCUAAGAGCGACCAGUAAUCUUACUCAGGAAAAUAUGCCAACACUAUUUGUGGAGUCAGUUUUGGAAGUACAUGGUAAAUUUGUUCAGCUUAUCAACACAGUUUUGAAUGGUGAUCAGCACUUCAUGAGUGCAUUGGAUAAGGCUCUUACGUCAGUUGUAAAUUACAGAGAACCCAAGUCUGUUUGCAAAGCUCCUGAAUUGCUUGCUAAGUACUGUGACAACUUACUAAAGAAAUCAGCAAAGGGGAUGACUGAGAAUGAAGUGGAGGACAAACUUACCAGCUUCAUUACUGUUUUCAAAUAUAUCGAUGAUAAGGAUGUUUUUCAAAAGUUCUAUGCAAGAAUGCUGGCGAAACGUUUAAUUCACGGGUUAUCUAUGUCUAUGGAUUCUGAAGAAGCCAUGAUCAAUAAAUUAAAGCAAGCAUGUGGUUAUGAGUUUACCAGCAAGCUACAUCGGAUGUAUACAGAUAUGAGUGUCAGUGCUGAUCUCAACAAUAAGUUCAACAAUUUUAUCAAAAAUCAAGACACAGUAAUAGAUUUGGGAAUUAGUUUUCAAAUAUAUGUUCUACAGGCUGGCGCAUGGCCUCUUACUCAGGCUCCUUCAUCUACAUUUGCGAUUCCCCAAGAAUUGGAAAAAAGUGUACAGAUGUUUGAAUUAUUUUACAGCCAGCAUUUCAGUGGAAGGAAACUUACAUGGUUACAUUACCUCUGCACAGGUAAAAUGAACUUAAUUUUAUCUAAUUUAAUGAAAUUUAUCUGCUCUGAUUAUG